GAAGAAUUGGUUGUCGUGUUUCUGCGCUACGUUGCGGUUCAAUAAAAUUGUGAAUUUUCCAAAGGAAAAAUCAACUAAAAAUUAUAAUAAAAGUGUGUGUAAAGCACUAAAAAUCGCGAGAAAUAAAGCUUAAUCAGCUUUGCUCAAAUCUAUGGCGUGUGCGUCUAAAUUUUGCGGCCACAAAUAAGAAAUAUAAAUAAGCAAGUGAAAAUUUACCACCCCCAGUGAAAAAUUGUGAAAAACUGUGAAAAACAGUGCAAUACACAAACGAGCAUUACGCAUAGUGAAAAAUCUUUAAAAGCAUUACGUAGUGAAAAAAGUAAAGUAGUAAAAACGAAACGAAAUUUACUGAGACACACACACAAAAAUCAACAGCAUUAAUUUUGCACCUUAAUUUGUAUACAAAUUUAUUGGGUACCAGCAGUAAAAGCGUCAAGACGCCGCCAACAGCGCCAGCCUCACCCCCAGCGGAGCAUAAGUGCGUGAUGCGUGACCUCGGCACAAAAAUGGCCGAGCUGAAAUUUGAGGCUCCUUUAGCUAAAUUCGAGGAGACAGACGAAUGGGGCGGUUGUGACUUCAUUACUCAUCAGAAUACGAUCAACGAUACAUUGAAUUUGAAUCUGAAAGAUCCGGCUAUGAAGCAAGAGGCCAAGAUGCGCCUACUCGAGGAGGCUGUACGCGAUGCGCAUGUAAGCAAGAAUGGUGUACUGAUGACAAACGGCACUGCUACUGGCGACAGAGCUGGCAGCGGUGCAGCAAGUCCCAAUUGCAAUUCUAUGCAGACCGCUGAACUGGGUUUGGAUGUGGGAUUGGCGCCUGGCGAUGAUGGUUGCGAUAAGCGUUCCACCACUGGCGAUACAGUGGAUAAUUUUGCUGAGACUUUUGGCGGAAGUCUCGAGGAUUUAGUGAAUACAUUUGACGAAAAGAUUACCAAAUGUUUUGGGAAUUUCGAAGAGAACGUCGAAGACUUGGCACCGGUGCAGGUGCGCAGUCAAGAGGAAAUUAUGAAUGAAUGCCAAAUGUGGUGGACCAUCACUGGCAAUUUUGGCAACAUUCUUCCCAUCGAUUGGUCGAAAUCAUUUACACGCCAAAUGCAUAUGCCCACAUUGAAUUUGGGCCAAAAUCAGUUGGGUGCUGGUAAUGGCAGUAUUGGCAAUUCACUUGAUGCCACCACACCCGGUGAUGAGUUGACUAGCGAAGAUGAGGCAGUGGCCAAUGAUCUCGACAUGCAUGCACUGAUAUUAAAUGGGCUCAAUGCCGAACAGGAGGAACCCAUCAAAUCGGUUGAGGAGGUAAUCAAGGAGAUUGACGAUAUUAUGGAUGAGGCUGAGAGUCCAUUAGAUGAAGCAGAAACAUGCGAAUCGGAAGUGAUAGAGAAGGCUAGAGAGGUGUUGGGCGCGCCAUUGUAUGCGGAGAAAUUACAGUAUUUGUCGAUAUCACAAUUGAAUGAGCUCUACAUGGAAAUGGAAAUGCUCAUACAAGAACUCAGCGAGACCCUGAUCAAUGAGUUGGCGCUACGCGAUGAGCUCGAAUACGAGAAAGAGCUAAAAAAUUCCUUCAUCUCGCUGCUAUUAGCGGUACAGAACAAACGCAGACAGUAUCAUGUGGAGAAGAAACGUGGAAAAUUGCAAGGUCCGGAGCCAAAGUAUCUGACCACUGUCAUACCUUACCACAUGGAGAAUGGCACACCAAACAACCAGUCAUUGCAAGUGCUGAUUAAAAUCCUAAAAGCAAUCAAUGAGGACAGCCCAACCGUUCCAGCGCUGCUCACAGACUAUAUUCUAAAAGUACUCUGCCCCACAUAAACACGCACUGCGUUGGCUGGCGCAGUUGAGUUGUUAGGUGUUUUUAGUACAUAAUUGCAGUGAAUACAUUUAGAACAAAGAAACCAAAAAAAAAAAAACAAAAAACAAGAAAAUACAAAAACAAAAACUCAUUUUCGGUGAAAAAAAGAGAAGCUAAUAUAAAUGAACAAUUUAAGUUAUAUAAAAUUAUAUUUCUUAAUAAUGUUUUUUUUUAUUCUAUUUUUAGUUACUACCUAAAGUAAAACAAAAGAAACGUAUAAUGCAUAAAGUUAGAAGAUUUUAAUAAAAAAAAACGUAAUAAAAAGUAAAUGUGUGUAUAGCAUGUAGAAAAAUUUGUUUGCUGACAUUAACGAGCGGAGAAAAUAUCGAAGUGUAUGGCGUGCUGUUGAAAGAGGAGUAUUUUUAAUGUCAACUUUUUUUCUCGUGUUUUUGUUGAAUUAUUUGAACAGACAGCACAUUUUUAGUGAUAAAAUGUAAGGCAUUUUAAACAAAUUCUUACAAUUGAAAAUUCCUCCUACACUGCAAAAAAUGUGUCCUUUAGAGCGUUGAAACGAAAGAAAGUUUGAUUUAACCUAAACUGCCCUACAAGAAACAAAUAAAAUGUUGUAAAUUUGAUAUAAAAAAAUAAUUGUUUGCUGGUAGAGCAUAAUUAUGUAUUGGAAAAACUUGUUUUAAACACUGAUUGUUUGAAAAAAACUACAAAGGAAAAAUUAGAUUGAUUUGAAAAGCUCAAAAAAAGAAAAUUUAAUCAAUUAUUACGCACCAUUAAAAAACCUCUAAAUCUUAAUACAAACAAAAAAACAAGGUCUGUCGGAGAAUAUGUGGACGCUUGAGACGUGAAAUAUAUUUUUUGAUAGAAACUAACUAAUACAAAAUUCUUAACCCUCUGAGCUCCAAAAUUUAUUGUUUUCAUUAAAUGCGAAAAAUAGUUUGAUAAAAAUAGUUUGAAUUUUCUUAUAAGAUAAUACUGGAUUCAUGGCGGAUUAUUACAGAAUUCGUUGGCGCAAAAUUAUAAAAAAAUGUUUAAAAAUUAUAAAAAAAAAUUUACAAUCUUCUAUAUCUUAAUACAAACGAAAAGAGUGUCUUUAGAGGUCGGUUUAACUAAUACAAAAUUUUUAACCCCUUGAGCUUCAAAAUUUAUUGUUUUCAUUAAAUGGAAAAAAUACUUUGAUACAAAAUACUUUGAAUUUCCUUACAAGAUAAUACUGGAUUCUUGGCGGAUUAUUACAGAAUUCGAUGGCGCAAAAUUAUAAAAGAAUUAUAAAAAAAUUUACAAUCUUCUAAAUCUUAAUACAAAAACAAACAUGUCUGUAGAGGUCUGUUGAAGAAUAUGUAAACGCUUGAGACGUGAAAUAUAUUUUUUGAUAGAAAUUAACUAAUACACAAAAUUCUUAACCCUCUGAAGUCCAAAAUUUAUUGUUUUCAUUAAAUGGAAAAAAUAGUUUGAUAAAAAUAGUUUGAAUUUCCUUACAAGAUAAUACCGGAUUCAUGGCGGAUUGCUACAUAAUUUAAGGGGGGAGCCUGGUUUAUGAGGUCUAAAAAUUGCAUCUCUUUGCGACUUUUUUUUAAGGAAAAAAUUAAUUUAGCACUGCAAAGUUUUUUCUAUCUUUUAAUGAACAUUUAAAAAGUAUAAAAAAUUUUUGUACUGGUUAAAAUAAGAAGAAAAAAAUGUUUAACAUAGAAAUUAGAAGAGCGCUGCAACGCUGGAGUUUCCAACUGGGGUACAAGAUACAGCUCGUAAUUAUUAUCUAAAUCAAAAAAUUCAAAUGAAUUUCUAAUUAUCAUGAUAUUUUAUUCUAGAUGAACUAAGAAAACUGAGAGAAAUUCCAAUAUUUCAACUUUUUGGAGGUUUUAAAGAAAAAAAUGUCUUUCUAUAAAAAAAAAAUUCACUUCA